AUGAACGAAAUGAUGAAACGAACAACACCCAGAUGGAGCAUCUGGAUGAUACAUCUAGAUGGACCAUCUGGAUGCAUUUUCCAGAUGUACAAACGAACAGGGCCUAGCUGUUCUACGUAUUGUAACAUCUAUAAAACAUCAUCAUCAUUCCCAUCAUCCAUACUCAAGCCAACGAAACCCCAAAACAAGAAAGAAUUCAAUUUUAUAAAAAUGUCUGCCCUUAAGCUAAGAAACGCGAACUUUCCGGCACCGGAGAUCGAUGACCUUUCCAAGCAGCUGUCGUCGGACAGACAACCCCUGGUACUCAAAAGACAGAGGUCAGUGUCUCAACGAGCCAUGUCAAACACGCUGACAUCAGCAGCAAAUCUCUCAAACCUCCUCCCAACGGGAACACUCCUCGCGUUUCAACUCCUAACUCCCGUUUUUACUUCAAACGGCGUUUGCGACCAUGCAACGCGUUUUCUUACCGCUGGUCUCCUCUUCCUCUUAGCCGCAUCUUGCUUCAUCAGCUCCUUCACCGAUAGCGUUAAAGCCGACAACGGAACAGUCUACUACGGUUUUGUCACGUUCAAUGGUAUGUGGGUCGUUGAUUAUGCUGACCCGUCCGGGUUGGGUUUACCCGAUUUGUCCAAAUACCGGAUGCGGUUUGUUGAUUGGAUCCAUGCUACGUUGUCGGUUUUGGUGUUUGGAGCGGUUGCGCUGAGAGAUAAGUAUGUAACGGAUUGCUUUUAUCCGUCGCCUGAGGAAGAGACUAAACAUGUUUUGGACAUUGUUCCGGUGGGGAUUGGGGUUAUAUGUAGCUUAUUGUUUACGGUGUUUCCGACGAGACGUCUCGGAAUUGGGUAUCUUGUUACUGGGAAUGGUGAUCGCAGGUAAACAUUAUAACGUUUUAAACACAUAAAGGCCGGUAGCAUUUUCUUGGUGGGUGGACUUUCUUUAUUUGUUUAAUUUGUUGAAUGUUUGUAAAUUUGUAUUCAUACGUUAUUCUUUGUUUGUUUCAUCUAGCUGUUGAA